AUGCGGUUCUUCAACCACUUUCCCGCCGUUUAUAUCGGCAGCCUCGCCGUCGGAGCCGGCCUCGCGGCGGCCGAUGAGGCCCAGCCAUACGUCACGGAUUACGAGAAUUAUAACGAGGGCUAUUAUGGCAAACAUCCUAAUCAAACGUACAAGACAACAAAAACGUACGGCCCGAAAUUCCAGGUCAACCAGUGGUACCCUGAGAAGUCCGGGCUGAGCAGAUAUCUGUUUUUGUCAUCGGUCGCUGGCGAGCAAGCAGCCACUCCGUUCAUUAUCGACACUACAGAUUUCAGCUUGGUUUAUGGCGAACCACAAUGGCCAGCAGCCAACAACCCGAGGAUACAAAUGUACAACGGCAAGCCAUAUUUCACGUUUUGGGAGGGCAGCGACUACCGAGGACACGGCUUGGGCUAUUGCUUGUUGUACGACGAGUCCUACCAACAAGUUUACAACAUCUCGGCCAAGAUGAUCAACACCAAGGCUGAUUCACACGAAUGCCAACUGACCCAUGACGGAACCGCUCUCAUCACGGCCUACGAGAGGAUUCCUUUCGACAUGAGCAAUGCACCAGGCGGCGGACCUGAGGAUGGCCUGCUUCUGGACAGCAUAUUCGAGGAGAUCGACAUCGCCACAGGCGAACUCAAGUUUCUAUGGCGGGCCAGCCAUCAUUUUGAUCUCAACGAGACUGCGGUCAACUGGGGCACUGGCGACUACGGCGCUCCCACAGAGGAGGUUGGCUGGGACUUUUUCCAUAUCAACAGCAUGCAGAAGACGCGGGAGGGCAACUUCUUAGUGUCUGGGCGUCGCAUCAAGUCGCUGGUCUACAUCGAUGGCAAGGACGGAUCAGUGAUAUGGCAGCUCGGUGGGGCGAACAACCAGUUUGAGGACUUGAGCGGCGGUAAUGCCACCAAUUUUGGCUUUCAGCAUACCGCGCGAUUCCUGGAUGAAGAAAUGACCGAGAUUACCCUGUUCGACAACCACGACCUCGAUCCAGGCAACCCGUCGCCCGGCUGUGUUGAGGGCACCUGUUCCAGAGGUCUUCACCUGCGCAUCGACACCACGAAGAUGACCGUCGAAGUUGUGCAUGAGUAUUACCACCCGAUGGAUAUCGCAUCUUGGGCAAUGGGCGGUAUUCAGAAGCUCGACAAUGGAAACGUCCUCGUGAGCUGGGGCACGACACCAGUCAUUACUGAAUACACAGAAGAUGGCGAGAUUGUCCUUGACGCGAUGCUGGGUCCCUGGUACGACCAUCCUACCAACAGCCAACCAGUGUACCGCGCGUGGACAAUGGAUUGGACCGCCAGCCCACUCUGGAAGCCGAGCAUUGCAGGUGAUGAGAAUUAUGCGUAUGUCAGCUGGAAUGGAGCUACAGAGGUGCAUUCUUGGGAUCUCAUGGAGGGAAAUCUCAGAGAGAACAUCACGUUUACACAAAACGUGAAGAAACGUGGGUACGAGACUGUCAUACCACUGAAGUUCAACGGCGCCUUCCUUGUUGCGAACGCGUUGGCCGCAGAUGGCACAGUUCUGGCAACCACAGACGUGUGGGAUAUGGCCCUCGGAGCAACUCACGAGGCUGGAGCUGUAGGCUAUUGCAAGAUCGGUUGCGGCCAUCUCGACGAUUUCGAUCACAUGAUUGUGCUUCUCGCAGGGUUUUCUGGGGUGCUUCUCGUGAUCAUGUGGGUAGCCAGGAAGAGGACUCUGUGA